AUGGUGGAAACUCAUGAGGAAUCUGUGAGCAACGGUCAACAGAACGGGCAAUCACAAGAACCACUCAUCACCAACGCCCUUAACAAUGUUGCACAAAUCCUACAAACCCUAGCCACCAACCCACCUAUGCAGCAACCAAGAACCCAAAACCGCGCUUACUUCCUUUCUGAAUUCAGGAAGCAAAGACCCCCAACCUUCCAAGGGACACCUGACCCUCUUGUUGCCAACCAUUGGAUCCGACAAAUUAAGAAGAUGUUGGAAGCUUUGGGAGUCCAGCUAAGUGCUGACCAGAUAGCUCUGGCCACUUACCAAUUUGAAGGAGAGGUGGAUUGUUGGUGGGAAGCCACCAAAACUACUAUCAACCUUGCCACACUUAUGUGGGCUCAAUUCGAGGCUAUCUUUUUGGAAAAGUACUUUCUAGCCCCUAUGAAAGAUGAAAUGACACAAAAAUUCAUGACCUUGCGUAAGGGAAACAUGACAGUGACUCAAUACAUGUCCCGAUUCGACGAACUGUCACGCUUCGCCACAGAGUACAUACCAACCGAAUCGGCUAAGGCUAGAAAAUUCGAAUGGGGACUGGACCACGCACUCAAAGAAAAGGCCACUUUGAUUAAGGAAAGAGAACUCAACGACUAUUAUAAGAUCGGGGAUGCAAAAAGGGCCGCACCACAACAAGGAGGACCUAUUCGAAAUAACAACCAAGGGUAUGUUGCUCCAAAACCCUAUUCUCAGAACAACCAUCGUCCAAAACAACACAACCAACCCUACCAACCCUGGAGAAACCCCAACCCCAACUCAAACCCUAACCCUGGGCCAAACCGCAACCACUUUCCCCAGAAUCAAUAUCCAGGCCGCCGCUGUUAUUUCUUUCACGAAGAAGGGCGUAUCCAGGUCCACUGCCCCAAAUUGAUCCAAGUCGAAAACCAGGGAGAACAACCGUCGCAAAAUCAAGUCAAGACCACAGGAUCUGAAAAUCAGAAUCAAGCUAGGCCGAUUUGGAAUGGUAACUAA